UAUUAGGAUUUACAUGUCUGUCACGUGACCUGGUUAGAAAGCAGCGCGUGCUGGACCUCCAUGAACAGACAACCAUGGAUUUUAUGACAGAUCGAGAUGUGCAAAAGUACAUGGAGGAUGGAUACGUGGUUCUGGACGGGCUGCUGACCUCCCAGGAGUGCGAUGAGCUGAGGCAAAGGAUGGCAGAGAUAGUGGAGCGGACGGACGUCCCAGAGCACUGCCGCACCACCUUCAGCACCUAUCACGAUGAGCAGCUCAAAACACAGAUGCAGGGAAAUGCCGACUAUUUCAUCACCAGUGGAGACAAGAUCCGCUUUUUCUUCGAGAAAGGAGUUUUUGACGACAAAGGUGAAUUCAUCGUACCAAAACAGCGGUCUCUAAAUAAAGUGGGACAUGCGCUACAUGCUUAUGAGCCGUUGUACAAAAAGGUUACACAUUCACCCAAAAUCCAGGGCUUAGCGAAGAAGCUGGGUCUUAUAAGUCCUGUGAUACUGCAAAGCAUGUUCAUCUUUAAGCAACCAGGGAUUGGUGGAGAAGUGACCCCACAUCAAGAUGCCACAUUUCUGUACACGGAGCCUCUGGGCAGAGUCAUGGGGCUGUGGAUCGCCCUGGAAGACGCCACUGUUAACAAUGGCUGCCUGUGGUUUAUCCCAGGGUCACAAAACAGUGGUAUUUCUCGGCGUAUGGUGCGUACCCCGAAGGGCACCUUUCCCCUGACAGAUUUCGCCGGUCGAGAGCAGACCUAUGAUGACGAGAAGUUUGUCGUUGCACCUGUUAAAAAAGGUGGCGUCGUCCUGAUCCACGGGGAGGUGGUGCAUCGCAGUGCUCAAAACACCUCCGAGGACUCUCGUCACGUCUACACCUUCCACCUCAUGGAAACCCAGGACAGCCGCUGGAGCCCUGACAACUGGUUGCAACCCACUGAAGAGCUCCCUUUCCCGCCUCUCUACACUAAGUGAAGGUUAUUUUUGGGGAAUUUGGUGCUGCAGUUUAUUGAAAGACACAAGCUCCUCUCUUUCCUGAAGAAGGACCAACCAUCUAAUGUUUGUAUCCUAUGCGACAUCUGUUUCUCUGAGCUAUUUGUAGACUGGUAAUGUAGCCUGUUAAACAGCAAAGUCAACACUGAAUUAAUGGGGACCAACCCACGUUUUUGAUGAAUGUAUCAAUGUUUUUAAAUGAGAAGUUUUAAUACAUUGGAAAAUUAAUUUGAGUAAACAUUUUAUAACUUCCCAUGGA